AGCUGUACAGCUGGUAUUUUAUCUUCAGAUUCUUCUGAAAAUGAAACUGAUUCUAACCACAUUCAAGCUAGCAACUCUACAUCCGAGAUUGAGAUAAAUGGAAACAGUGAGAGGAUAACAUCAAUGGAAAUAUUGGGACAACCUACCGUUAUUGCUCACCGACAACUAACUGGUAGUGUUCAACCACAAACAAGCACCACUGAAAGGCCUGUUAGUGUUGAUGUUGAACAAUUACCUGAUAUAAAUGCUGAAACAAGCAUUUCAGUAAUUGCAAAUCAACAAGUGAACAGUCCACAACAGAAUAUUGCCAACAGACCUAUUUCUAUUGAAGAUGACAUGCAAGGUCCAAUAGAUAUGAACGAACUUGAGCGUCGUGUAGGUGAAGUAGUAGAGCAGUGCAAGGAAAGUGAUGUGGUCAGCAACAAAGAAAUUCUUCGCUUAUUACAAUCUAAGAUACUACAAGGGAGGAGUCUUGACAUUGAAAGGGAAGAUGUCUGCCCAGAAGGCGAGACAAGUUACAUUUAUGUUGAUCGUUACAACUUAUUGGAAACUGCAUUAGAAGAGAUUGCUGCAAUAGAUAAUCUUUUCCUCACAUUGUGUGUCCAGUUUUAUGGGGAGCAAGCCCAGGACUAUGGUGGGCCCAGACGGGAAUUUUUUAGAUUAGCUCUUCGGGAGAUAAAAGAAAAAUAUUUUGACCAUGGUUUGCGCGAACUCCUGAAAGAUGAAUAUGAAAUUGUUGGAACCAUAAUGGGCCUAAGUAUCUUGCAAAAUGGGAAACUUCCUCAGUUUAUUCCACCAGAUGUCAUUUCUGCCUUAUUUGAUGUGAAUGUCAAAUUGGCCUGCAUUGAAAAUCUAAGGACUGGUCUUAAGAAAGUGGGAAUCUUUCAGAUUUGCAGCCAGAUGCCAUCAAUGCAAGAUGUAUUUAGGUUCAAUCCAUCUUCCACAUUAACAAUACGAAAAUUGAAUGCCUUUUUGUCUCCACAAUUCAGUCCAACUGGCUCAAAUAGGAGGCGUUUUGAGGGUGCAGUUUAUGCUGUAUUCUGCAAAUAUGUUCGCGAGGUCGCGGCAAAUACAUGUGUAAAUGCUAUGACUCUACCUCAUGCACCCAUAACUGUUCAACUACCCCAUGACCAAAAGCUGUGGGAAUUAUAUGAUGAAGCUUUCUUGAAUGCAUAUUUUGGAAAUAUGUGA